UCAGGCUUCUCUGGGGGCAGCUAAGCAGGACCCACGGCUCAUGUGUUGGAUGGAUUCAUUCCAGUUGCUCUCACUGGCUGCCAUAGCAGAUUAGCCUCUGUGCAACAGGGACCCUCCUCUGUGCAUGAAAACACUCUGCAAACAUGGCUGGUAAAAUUCAGAGUCUGUCUGAGGAGGAGAGGACCCACCUACUCCCCCUGCUACGCAACGCUCAGUGGGUGGAGGUUGGGGAACGGGACGCCAUUUACAAAGAGUUUAUUUUUAAAGACUUCAAUCAGGCUUUUGGUUUCAUGGCCAGAGUGGCUUUACAAGCAGAGAAGAUGGACCAUCAUCCGGAGUGGUUCAAUGUCUAUAACAAGGUCCAGAUCACUCUCAGCACACAUGACUGCGGGGGGCUGUCCCAGCGUGACAUUACUUUGGCCACCUUCAUUGACCAGGCAUCCCUUAUGUGACUACCAAACAUUGUCAGUCAUUUCAAUAGUGAAAACUGAAAAGUGCUGGAGCUCUUCAUUUAUUCAUUCCACUGAGAUAACUUUGAGCAUGUGGCCUGCAAAUCCAAAGAAUACAAACCAGUUAAUUUCAAUGUAUUAUGAAUAACUUUGAUGUAGGUGUUUUUAAAAAUAUGCUGCUGUUGUUGGUUUUUCACUUAAAAUGAAAAUAAUUGAGAUUAGCCAAAGGUAAAUGUGCUCAUUGUGAACAUAAAAAUAUUGAAAACACAA